CUAGACGAUACUUUGCCACGCAGGCUCGUAUGAAAGCUACCCUUUCAUGUCAGUGAUCGGGGACGUUUCGAGAACAAGCGCUUGAAACAGUGGCAAGAACAUGCUCACGGCAAUUCAGGAUGAAGACCAGAUGAUUGCCAUCUAUGUGAGCUUGAAUACGAUCUUCACUCUGCUUUACCUUGUCGGGCAUGGCGACCUGAAUCCAAUUUUGAGACAUUCGUAUUUGAAAGCGCGAGGGAGCUGUAUACAACCAGAUUAUCAUUACUCCAUGAAGAACAGCGCGAAUUUGCCAUUAUCCAGUCUUUACAUUGUUUUGCUGUCAACGAAUGGUCCUUGUCAGUACAGCAAGCUACUGUGGCCAUUAGAGAGGCCACUGGGUGAAGACCGGGGCGGCCGGGAGUGGGUCAGCGUGGUGAAGAUGGUGUCGCCCCAUCUGACUGUGUCCACUACCAAAUCCGGCGACCAGAUGAGACAUCUCCAAACCACAAGCUUGCUCACAGUUCUUGGAGGGGAGACGUCACGGACUCACGGUCACUCACGGAGCUGUGGUCCUCAAUGCUGGCAACGUUCCUGAGACACCUGUCGAACCUUCUCCCGUCCCGACCAGCAUGGCUCUGGGACAACACCACGAUGGCUCAAUGCUAUCACGCGGCUACGCGCUGAUUGCCAUGCGUUACUGCUACCGUUGCAACCGCUGCCCGCAGAUACGCUUGCUCGAAUGGCCGAAGCUGACGCACUUUCGCAGGCAGUGGAUCUCUUCGCAUGGUCUGUGAUCUGCGCUUCUGCUCACUUGUU